UCUCUCUCUCACUCUCUCUCAGUCUCUCUCCCUCACGCGCCAUCAUAUAUCACUCGUCACACCCACUCCUCAGAACCGCUGCUCACCGAUUCUCACCGAACCGUAACGUCUAAACAGCUCCAGCAUGUCUUCGGAAGGAUUAGGCGAGACUUUGGUGAUUCGGUUGGGGCUAAUAAACGCCAAUAACAAAUAUCUGACAGCGGAGACGUUUGGUUUUAAAAUCAACGCCUCCGCGAGCUCCAUGAAGAAAAAGCAGGUGUGGACACUGGAGCAGUCCGGAGACCACGGAGACUCCAAUGCCGUGUUUAUCAAAAGCCACCUGGGUCGCUACCUCGCCACCGACAAGGACGGCAACGUGACCGCGGACAGCGAGCAGCCCGGCCCGGACUGUCGGUUCCUUGUGAUCGCCCACGACGACGGCCAGUGGUCCCUGCAGUCCGAGCCCCACGCGCGCUACCUGGGCGGGACCGAGGACCGGAUCGCGUGCUUUGCGCAAAGCAUCUCGCCUGCGGAGAAAUGGAACGUGCACCUGGCCGUCCAUCCUCAGGUGAACGUGUACAGCAUCGCGCGCAAGCGGUACGCGCACCUGUGCGCCGAGAGGAACGAGCUUGCCGUGGACCGCGACGUGCCGUGGGGUGUGGAUUCACUGCUCACGCUCGUGUACCUGGACCACCGGUAUCAUCUACAGACCGCCGACAACCGCUUCCUCACGUGCAGCGGUACCCUGACUGCCAAACCGGGCACGGGCACCGGGUUCACGCUGGAAUUCCGCGCGGGGAAGGUGGCUUUCCGGGACGCCACGGGCAAAUACAUCGCGCCCACGGGUCCCACCGGGACAAUGAAGUCAGGCAAGAGCGCGCGUGUCGGCAAAGAUGAGCUUUUUGUCCUCGAGCAAAGUCACGGGCAAGUGGUGCUCACUGCCAGCAACGAAAGAAACAUCUCCAUGCGCCAGGGGGUUGAUUUAUCAGCCAAUCAGGAUGAGGAGUCCGAUCAGGAGGUGUUUCAGAUGGAGAUGGACAGGGAGGCAAAGCGCUGUGCCUUCCGAUCUUGCAAUGGGAAGUACUGGAGUCUGACCCCAAGUGGAGCGAUUCAGUGCUCUGCCUCCACUAAAUCACCCAGUUGUUUCUUUGACCUUGAGUGGAAAGGGUCAAAAGUGGCACUGAAAGCCAGUAAUGGUAAAUACCUGGCAGCCAAGAAGAACGGACAGCUGGCGGCCGCUGUGGACUCUGCAGGCGAGCAGGAGGAGUUUGUGCUGAAGCUCAUCAACAGGCCGUUGAUAGUGCUGCGUGGGGAACACGGCUUUAUUGGUUGCCGCAAGCAAGGAACCGGUACACUUGAUUCCAACCGCUCAUCCUAUGAUGUCUUCCAGUUAGAGUACAACAACAACGCUUACAGCCUCAGAGACUCGGUGGGGAAGUACUGGACAGUGGAGGCAGACGGCUCUGUGAUUAGCAGCAGUGACACACCUGUCUAUUUCCACUUUGAGUUCUGUGAUUAUAAUAAAGUGGCCAUUAAGACACAGAAGGGCAAGUAUCUUAAGGGAGACCACGCUGGGGUGCUCAAGGCCAGCGGCCAGGCGAUUGCUGAUGCAACAUUGUGGGAAUACUGAGAAACAUUCAUGAAUCUACACACACAAACAUUGUGUGUUCUUUAAACCUAUACUUAAACAUAACACAUACUCUACAGCAUAAGCACAAGAUGAUAACGUACAGUCCAUAUCACGCAACAUAUGAAAAUAUUUCAACAUAAGCUAAUGGCUCAAGACACAAAAACACAUUUGAAUGUAAAGUACAAACAAAUGCACAAAUUAAUUACUUGUCAUUAAUCUCAUUCAAUUAAAGGGGUAUUUCACACAAAAAUGAAAAUUCUGUCUCACCCUCAUGUCGACGCAAACCUGUAUGACUUACUUUUCUCUGUCAAACAUAAAAGAAGAUAUUUUGACAUUUAGACAGUUUAAAAUAUCUUCCUUUGUGUUCUCCAGAAGAAAGAAAGUCAUACAGGUUUGGAACGACAUGAAUGGAACAACAUCAAUUUUUGGGUGAAUUUUUCCUUUAACAAAGCACAAAUUGAUGGUACACUGACAAAGUAUUAAAAAAAACCCCACUGGAUUAUUCUUGCACAAACUGCUCUUUGCUUAAUCUCAAUUAGCAUAACUCUUUAAUUGGGUGAAAUGCUAUUGUGAAAUCAUGCAAAAAUACAUUAAGCAAUUUAAUGCACAUUAUGUAGGAUCAUGCAAAGUCACUGUCAUUGCCUCUCAGUGCUUUCAUGGCCUUAUUUCACUCCGUAUAAUAGCUGUUUCUAGGAAAUCUUAUUGUGCUAUUACAUAAUGGUCAGUAAUUUGCUUAUGCAAAAUGCCGUGUAUCAUAAGCUGAACCUUCGGCCAUAGGGUUUGUUCCUGUUCCCAAAAACAUUUUUAGAGUGAACUGGCUUCUCUAAUGAGGCCAGGUUUUAAAUAGCAGCACCGUGGCUCAGAAAAUACUGGAGAAAUGUCCUUGUUCACAUCAGAUUCAGAUUUCUUCACGCACACAUACACAAGCACACAAAGUGAGUCGAAACCAAUUCAUUUCUUUGUCAAAUUGUUAUUUGUGGUGUUUGUGGCCGUUUUGGGUUACAUGACUUGUAUUCAGCAUUGUUCUGACAUCAGGAACAACAGUGUUUUUUAUGUAACUCUAAGCUUGUUGAUUUGCACUUUUUCGGCUAAAGCUUUUACAUGUGAAUGUGUUGAAGAAAAAGAUGAAGUGUUUGUGCCUUCCUUAGAGGGAUAAAAUCUCCUAAGGUGUGAAAAUGCAGUUUUUUUGAACUUCAUUUUUAUUUGAUUCUCAUUAUGUGCCAUUUGCAACUGGACAUGACAAUGAAAUAGUAAUAAAAAAUGUUAAACAGUAAA